AUGGCUGAAGAUAAGGAAAUGACCACCCGUGUUGCUGACGGGAAUGAUCCGGUCACCGGUCAUAUAAUUUCGACCACAAUUGGGGGUAAAAAUGGAGAACCCAAGCAGACCAUCAGUUACAUGGCAGAGCGGGUUGUGGGAACAGGGUCAUUUGGUAUAGUCUUCCAGGCAAAAUGUUUGGAAACUGGGGAGACUGUGGCAAUAAAGAAGGUUUUGCAAGACAGAAGAUAUAAGAACCGAGAAUUGCAGCUAAUGCGAGUGAUGGAUCAUCCUAAUGUUAUUUCCUUGAAGCACUGUUUCUUUUCAACAACAAAUAACAAUGAACUCUUUCUUAACUUGGUCAUGGAGUAUGUUCCCGAGAGCAUGUAUCGGGUUUUGAAACAUUACAGCAAUGCAAAACAAACAAUGCCGCUUAUUUAUGUGAAACUUUACAUGUACCAGAUUUUCAGGGGACUGGCUUAUAUCCAUGCAGUUCCCGGUGUUUGCCAUCGGGAUUUAAAGCCCCAAAAUCUUUUGGUUGAUCCUCUGACUCACCAGGUUAAGCUUUGCGAUUUCGGAAGUGCAAAAGUGCUGGUCAAAGGUGAAGCUAACGUAUCAUACAUCUGUUCCCGGUUCUACCGGGCUCCAGAACUUAUAUUCGGUGCCACAGAAUACACAACGUCGAUUGAUAUAUGGUCUGCUGGUUGUGUCCUUGCUGAGCUGCUUCUUGGCCAGCCUCUAUUUCCUGGAGAAAAUGCAGUGGACCAGCUUGUAGAGAUUAUUAAGGUUCUUGGCACUCCAACAAGAGAAGAAAUUCGCUGUAUGAACCCGAAUUAUACUGAUUUUAGGUUUCCACAGAUAAAGGCACACCCAUGGCACAAGGUUUUCCACAAGAGGAUGCCUCCAGAAGCAAUUGAUCUUGCAUCACGGCUGCUGCAAUACUCACCAAGUCUUCGCUGUACAGCGUUGGAAGCAUGUGCACAUCCUUUCUUUGAUGAACUCCGAGAACCCAAUGCUCGCUUACCAAAUGGCCGAUCUUUACCACAGCUCUUCAACUUUAAACAGGAAUUAAAUGGGGCUUCUCCUGAGCUUGUUAACAAGUUGAUACCGGAUCAUGUGAAACGACAAAUGGGUCUAAAUUUUAUGCACCUGGCUGGGACAUAA